UGCUGACGUCUUCUUCACCUCGGCCGCCAUGGCUCUGACGCAGGCUGCGUUCACGGGCCAACGCAUAAUGUGGGAUAUUCUGCAACCGGCACAACAAACCGUAAGAAACGCAGAGUGAGAUGGCCAUCAGAAGACAUCAGUUAGAAGAAAAAGUGGGCGAGAUGGAAAAAUUUGCAGGACACUUGGAGGAAAUCUUCCUGACUGUGGAGGAGAACUUUGGGCGUCGUGAGCAGCACUUGGAGCAUCACUACAACCAGGUGCUGCACACCUUGUCCCAGGGUCAUGAUGAUGCUGCUGCAGGACUGGAGGAGCAGAAGAAGAACAAGUUGCAGAGUUUGUACACUCAGCUGCUUGCUUGUGGGGAACAUCUGGACGCCUCCAAGGAGCUCAUUGAGGAAGCCAAGGAGGUUUACCGCAGCCACGAUAUCAGGCUUUUUCUCAAGGUUGUGGUUGCCACCAUUAAAAGAAUGGAGGACUUUGCCAAAGAAGAGAUGGACCUCACCUUGUCCACACGUCUGGACUUUGACACGCCUCUUGCUGACCUGUCGGACGUCACAAGCAUGAUGGAGUCCAUCAACAUUGUUGCAGCUCCCUCAGCUCCAGUCAUUAACCCUCAAGUGGUCAACUCGGCCACACACACAUCUCUGCGUGUGUGCUGGACUCUCUUCUCUGAUGACACGGUGGACUUCUAUGAGCUGUACUACACACCUGUGCUGCACCACACACCUACUGCUGCACCACCAGUGCACAAAGUGAAAGUGAAAGAAAGUCAGUGCUCUCUGACAGACCUGCUGCCUGGAGCUCAGUAUGAAGUGUGGAUAACAGCCACCAACACCACCGGCAUCAGCCCUAACAGCGACAAGGUACUCUACCUCACAGUUCCUUCACCUCCAGUGCUGAAGUUGAAGGAGUGUUGCAGCUGCACAGAGGCUGCUCUAAUUCGCUGGGAGUCAGGAAACUGUGAUCCUGUCGAUUCAUACACACUGGAACUCCAACACUUGACACUUGAUGCCACUGACCACCACCUCACACAGUGUGUGGUAGCAAUACCCACCUGCCAGUGUCUGGUUGCCCUCCAAGAUGGCCGUCAUUACAGCGUGUGUGUGAGGGCCGUCAAUGUUGGCGGUCAGAGCGACAAAAGUGAUGUCAUCACCAUCUCCACGACUGGUACCUUCUUCCACCUGAUGGAGGACACGGCCCAUCCUUGCUUGUCCUUCUCAGAGGACGGUCUGACCUUAUUUUAUGGGGAUGAAGAAGUACCAAUAAGUGCUAUGGGUCUAGACCACAACUACUUCACCAGUUGUGUGGCGGUCCUGGGGGAUCUGAUCCCAGUACGUGCUCGCCAUUACUGGGAAGUGUCGGUGGACCAUGAGACAGAGUUUCGUAUUGGUGUGGCGUAUGAGGACACGGAGAGAAGUCACUACCUGGGAGGAAACAGCAGCUCCUGGUGCAUGAGACACGUCCUCACUCCAUCCAGGCACAAGUACGAGUUUCUGCACGAUGGCUGGAGUCCUGACCUGAGGAUCACGGUGAACCCAGUCCGCGUGGGUGUGGCUUUGGACUAUGAGAGAGGAACCCUGAGCUUCUUUAACGUGGAUUUGAAACAACACCUGCACACCUUCCAGUGUCACUUCCAGCGUUUGGUGCACCCUUGUUUUGGCCUAGACAGCCCAGGAGCUCUGACCAUCAUCAAUGGAAUGGAGGCUCCCAGAUAUGUCUUUCAAUAUUAGCAUCUCCACAUUAGGUAUUAGUUGACCAUUAUCUAUGGAAUGGAGGCUCCCAGAUAUGUACUUCAAUAUUAGCAUCUCCACAUUAGGUAUUAGUUGACCAUCAACUAUGGAAUGGAGGUGUCAUUCAAUAUUAGCAUCUCCACAUUAGGUAUUAGUUGACCAUCAUCUAUGGAAUGGAGGUGUCCUUCAAUAUUAGCAUCUCCACAUUAGGUAUUAGUUGACCAUCAACUAUGGAAUGGAGGUGUCCUUCAAUAUUAGCAUCUCCACAUUAGGUAUUAGUUGACCAUCAUCUAUGGAAUGGAGGUGUCAUUCAAUAUUAGCAUCUCCACAUUAGGUAUUAGUUGACCAUCAUCUAUGGAAUGGAGGUGUCCUUCAAUAUUAGCAUCUCCACAUUAGGUAUUAGUUGACCAUCAUCUAUGGAAUGGAGGCUCCCAGAUAUGUACUUCAAUAUUAGCAUCUCCACAUUAGGUAUUAGUUGACCAUCAACUAUGGAAUGGAGGUGUCCUUCAAUAUUAGCAUCUCCACAUUAGGUAUUAGUUGACCAUCAUCAAUGGAAUGGAGGUGUCCUUCAAUAUUAGCAUCUCCACAUUAGGUAUUAGUUGACCAUCAUCAAUGGAAUGGAGGCUCCCAGAUAUGUACUUCAAUAUUAGCAUCUCCACAUUAGGUAUUAGUUGACCAUCAACUAUGGAAUGGAGGUGUCCUUCAAUAUUAGCAUCUCCACAUUAGGUAUUAGUUGACCAUCAUCAAUGGAAUGGAGGCUCCCAGAUAUGUACUUCAAUAUUAGCAUCUUCACAUUAGGUAUUAGUUGACCAUCAACUAUGGAAUGGAGGUGUCCUUCAAUAUUAGCAUCUCCACAUUAGGUAUUAGUUGACCAUCAUCAAUGGAAUGGAGGCUCCCAGAUAUGUCCUUCAAUAUUAGCAUCUUCACAUUAGGUAUUAGUUGACCAUCAUCUAUGGAAUGGAGGCUCCCAGAUAUGUCCUUCAAUAUUAGCAUCUCCACAUUAGGUAUUAGUUGACCAUCAUCAAUGGAAUGGAGGUGUCCUUCAAUAUUAGCAUCUCCACAUUAGGUAUUAGUUGACCAUCAUCAAUGGAAUGGAGGCUCCCAGAUAUGUACUUCAAUAUUAGCAUCUCCACAUUAGGUAUUAGUUGACCAUCAACUAUGGAAUGGAGGUGUCCUUCAAUAUUAGCAUCUCCACAUUAGGUAUUAGUUGACCAUCAUCAAUGGAAUGGAGGCUCCCAGAUAUGUACUUCAAUAUUAGCAUCUCCACAUUAGGUAUUAGUUGACCAUCAUCUAUGGAAUGGAGGUGUCCUUCAAUAUUAGCAUCUUCACAUUAGGUAUUAGUUGACCAUCAUCUAUGGAAUGGAGGUGUCCUUCAAUAUUAGCAUCUUCACAUUAGGUAUUAGUUGACCCUCAACUAUGGAAUGGAGGUGUCAUUCAAUAUUAGCAUCUUCACAUUAGGUAUUAGUUGACCAUCAUCUAUGGAAUGGAGGUGUCCUUCAAUAUUAGCAUCUUCACAUUAGGUAUUAGUUGACCAUCAUCUAUGGAAUGGAGGCUCCCAGAUAUGUACUUCAAUAUUAGCAUCUCCACAAAGAUUUGAUGACUUUUUA